CUCCGCAGUCUCGGGUCAGAGUCCAGCUCUCAGGGGUGUUAUUUCUAUUGGAGAGCGGAGCCAGACCCACGUCAAUGGGACACAGACAUGGGGAAGGGCUGGGGGAGUGCGAUCAGCUGGUGGCGGUGCAGCGAGCCCAGUCCAGUUGCAAUGGGGAAGCCACUCCCAGUUUUCCAAGCAGCCCGCCCCGAGGGCUGCACAGGCUACGGGUGACUUGGCCACCGCCCCUCUUUGAACUGCUUCACCCAGCCACAGGUCGAAAAAUUGAGGCGAGGGAAGGAGGGAGAGGAGGAGAGGGAGGAAGAUCUUGCCCCCACCGGUGGAAUAAGGGGGUGAAGGUUUAUUGGGGUGCCCCCUAGGACCCCUCAUAUAUCCCACCCAAUUGGGGGACACCCCCCCCGCAGUCCAUCCAGCCUCUCCCAUGGGGGCGGCCAGCUGCGAAGACGAGGAUCUGGAAUUCAAGCUGAUAUUUGGAGAAGAGGAGAAGGACCCUCCGGGAAUGGGGGUGUCGCUGGAAGACCUCGACGCUGAAGACCUACCUCCGUGUUGCAUCCUGGCCCUGGAUGACCCACCAGCCUAUGCCUCCCCGCUAGGCAUCCCCUGCCCACCCCGCCUGGGCGGGGGCCCCCGGGCUGGCAUGCACUCCCCCCCGCCCCGCCCAGCACGGGAUGACACCUUCGAGAGCCAGCCGGCGCGGUGGGUGCGCCUGGGGGCCGAUGCCCGCGUCCUGGAGUGCCCCAGCAUCCAGAUCACCACCAUCUCGCCUGGCGCCGACUGGGAUUGCUCCCCACGUGACUACCUGCCCCUGGAAGCCUACGGUGGCUACCGGGAGGCCCCUCCGGCCUCUGGCUUCUUCACCCCCAGCCCCGCCAGCAGUGGCAGUGCCUCCCCCUGGAGCUUCUUCUCGGACGAUGACGGGGCGGGCGGUGACGAUGUGGAGCGGGAGCUGAACGAAGCUGCCGCCCGCUUCGCCCUCAGUUCCCCCUGCGGCUCGCCCAAGCCCUGGGCCGGGCUGGAGGAGCCCUGGGGGCUGUACCCUGCUGGGCGGGGGGCCGAGGACGGCUGGGUGGCCCUGGCACCCCGUCCAGCCUCACCCUGCGGCAAGCGGCGCUACUCCAGCUCGGAGACCCACUCCUCGGCCUCGCCCUGCCUCUCCCGCCGCGGCAGCCUGGGCGAGGAGGGGGGCGGGGAGGGGGCGGAGGGGGUGGGCGGGGAGGGGCCGCCCUACGAGGCUGCCGGGCAGCGCCCCCCAGCUGAGAGCAUCCCGCAGAAGGCCCGCAAGACCUCCACCGAGCAGACAGUGGCGCUGACGCGGAAGGAGGAGGGGUGCUGCAAUGGUGACGACGGGGGGUUUGGGGCGGCCCGUAAGGACGGGAUGGACUAUCUGGCUGUGCCCUCCCCGCUGGGCUGGUCCAAGGCCAGGAUCGGGGGCCACAGCCCCAUCUUCAGGUCGUCCGCUCUGCCUCCCUUAGACUGGCCCUUGCCCAGCCAGUAUGAACAAUACGAGCUGAAGAUCGAAGUCCAGCCCCGGACCCACCACCGGGCCCAUUACGAGACCGAGGGCAGCCGGGGGGCCGUGAAGGCCGCCCCGGGGGGUCACCCCGUGGUGAAGCUCCUAGGCUAUGACGAGAAGCCACUGACCCUGCAGAUGUUCAUCGGCACGGCUGACGAGCGCAACCUGCGGCCUCAUGCCUUCUACCAGGUGCACCGCAUCACCGGCAAGAUGGUGGCCACUGCCAGCUACGAGACCAUCAUUAGCAGCACCAAGGUGCUGGAGAUGUCCCUGCUGCCCGAGAACAACAUGGCGGCCAACAUUGACUGCGCGGGGAUCCUGAAGCUACGGAACUCGGACAUCGAGCUGCGGAAGGGCGAGACCGACAUCGGGCGCAAGAACACCCGGGUCCGGCUGGUGUUCAGGGUCCAUGUCCCCCAGGGCAAUGGGAAAGUCGUCUCCAUCCAAGCCGCCUCCGUGCCCAUCGAGUGCUCCCAGCGCUCGGCGCAGGAGCUCCCCCAGGUGGAGAGGUGCAGCCUCAGCGCAGGGUCGGGGCGCGGGGGCGAGGAGAUGGUGCUGUCGGGCGCCAACUUCCUGCCUGACUCCAAGGUUGUCUUCAUUGAGAGGGGUCCCGAUGGGAAGCUCCAAUGGGAGGAGGAGGCCUGUAUCAACCGGCUCAAGAGCAACGAGACCACGCUGACCCUCACAGUCCCAGAAUACAGCAACCCGCAGGUGGCCCGGCCUGUCCAGGUCUAUUUCUACGUCUCCAAUGGGCGGCGGAAACGGAGCCCAACGCAGGCCUUUAAAUACCUGCCCGUGAUCUUCAAGGAGGAGCCACCCUCCUCCUCCCCACUCCGUGGCUUCCCCCCUGGCCCCUCCUCCCCAGUGCCCCCUUGUGGUCCCCCUUACCCCCCCGAGGGCCCCGGGGACAUGGACAUUUCCCCCAGUCGUCCCCACUUCCCCUGCUACCCUGAUGACUCCCCCUACAGGGCUGGCUACUCCCCCUCCCCCACGGCCUUCGGGAGCCCCUCCCCAUACCCUGAUGGGCCUCCACUGCUCCCUUUGACACCCCCUUAUCACCGCUGCCUGGCCACCGAGCCCCCCCGCCGCUACCCCCACACAGAGCAGUACGGGGGGACUGGGCUGACAGUGCCCCCCAACUUCCAUCCGCUGGGCUACCGGUCCCCCCACUUCCAGGCCCCUGCCCAGCUCACCCCACCACCACUGUCGGACGGAGCCGGGCCCCACAACUGGGGGGAACCGGAGUCGGGGGAGACUGAGGAGGUGGAGAAACCCAGAGGCAGCGGAUACCGGGUGGCUUUCCGUGACAGCCUGCCUGUCCAGGGGAUCACGCUGGAGGAAGUGACUGAGAUCAUCGGCCGGGACUUGAGUGACUUCCCGGAGCCGCUCCGUGAAGGCAGGGGGAGCUGAGACCCUGGCUGCUCCCGGAUCCUUCCUGGCCUACCCAAGCUCUGUCCAUCUCAUUUCUGUUCAUCCGUCUGUCCAAGCUCUCAGUCUGUCGAUCACAGCUCCAUCUGUCCGUCCGUCCUAGCUCUCUGUCCGUCUGUCCGUCCAAGCUCUCUGUCCAUCAACCACACCUCCAUCCAUUCAUCUGUCCAAGCUCUCUGUCCAUUGAUCACAGCUCCAUCUGUCCGUCCGUCCUAGCUCUCUGUCUGUCCAAGCUUUCUGUCCCUCGAUCACACCUCCAGUCAUCCAUCCAUCCUAGUUCUCUGUCCAUCUGUCCUAGCUCUCUGUCCGCCCAUCCUAGUUCUCCAUCCAUCUGUCCAUCUCUCUCUUUCUUUCUACAUCAGGGAAGGAUGACUCUGAAGUCCCCAUCCCCCCCCCUUGUCUCCUCCCCCAAGCGCCCCUACCAACACAGCAUAUGCCAGCUGUGGGGUGAGGGGAGGCCCCAAGACUAUAUCACCCCUGUUCUCCACCUCCCCCCUGGAGCCAUUUUCCUAUGGUGCAAAAAUACCCAACCAGGGGGAGGGGGCUAUUUCUAUCCCCUGUGCAUGAGCCCACCCCCCCCCCAUCAACUCAGCAAUGGGGGAGGGGGGCAGAUGUGGCUAACGGUGGGGAAGAGGAGGAGUUUGAGCCAUCAGAUUUUGCAGGGUAUAGGAAACAUCUCCCCCCCAGGGGUAAAAUAAUUCUCCACUAGAGUGGAGGAGGAGGUGCCUUCCCUAGAUCUCCCCCCCACGCCAUGGGGACAAGAAGGAGUUAAUGACUACAAUGGUAUUGCUGUGGGGCCCGGCCAGAGGGGUAGCCCUGAUUAUAUCCACUUUUAUAUUGUUUAUUUUUCCCCUGACUUUUCCUUUUCUUUGAAUCCUGGUUUGUUUUGUAAUGAAAUGAAUUGAUUAAAAAAACAGCUAAA